AUUUUUAAAAAACGCACGACGAAUAACAUCCCGUGUCUUACAAACCAGGAUGCUAGAGAGGAAACCGAAUACUUUCGAGGUCGUUUUUUAUUGCUAUUUAACUUUGCGUACUCCUAUAUAAAUACGAAGGAUGUGCCAAGCCUUCUAUAUAGGACCCUUUCUUGCGUCCACUGUCCUACUCAAUAUGUCGGCAACCGCCAUCUACGUGUUUGUCAUCGUGAUAUCGUCUGCCCUGUGCCAGGACCCUGUACUGGUGUGCCAGCCUCCAAUUUACCAGACAAACUACACCAAUUUACUGACAGGGGUAAGUUCCAAACGACACUAUUAUUUUGACAGGGUUAAGCACUAGGCAAACUACACAAAUAUGUUGACAGGGUUAAGCACUAGGCAAAUACACAAUUAUUUUGACAGGGUUAAGCACUUGGCAAACUACACAAAUAUGUUGACAGGGUUAAGCACGAGUCAAACUGCACAAAUAUGUUGACAUGAAUAAGCACUGGGCAAUCUUCAGAGAUACGUUGAAAGGGUUAAGCACUAGGCAAACUACACAUAUAUGUUUACAGGUGUUAGUGCCACAAUGCACAAUUAUGUUGACAUGAGUAAGCUCUAGGCAAGCUUCACAAAUGCUUCUUACAUUGUUAAGCACUAGGCGAACUAUACAAAUAAGGUGACAUGGGUAAGCUCUAGGCAAAUUUCACAAAUACUUUUUACAUUGUUAAGCACUAGGCAAACUAUAUAAAUAUGUUGACGUAUAAGCAAUAAAUAAGCGAGAUAAAUAUGCAGCAUGGGGUAAAAGAGCUUUGCUAUUUCAUUAAAUUAAGUUAACCGAACGCCUGCAAUCCAUGUUUCUUAUAUGUUUUGUUCCUAUGACUUCUUCAUCACAAAAACUAACCCUCCACACAUAAAACACGUUAUUAAAAAAUACAAUUAAAAAAACCUUUGUAUUUCGCACACUGCUAACUGAAUGUAUUGUCAUGAGUCAUAACAAACCUUUGGCAAAGUUAGUAUAAAAUAUCAGGUGAUAAUGGAAAUAAUUGCAAAUGUUUCACUGUGCCCUUGUUGGAAAUGAGUUCAUUAAAUAUCUACGAACUAUUUUUUUUUUAAAAUUUGAUUCAACCGUGCAUCAACUGAAUCGUAGAAGGUGGUUAAAAAUUACUUCAGACAUUUGUUGGUAAUCCUAUAAUAGAUUAUGUUUUAAUAAAAUUUAAUAUAGAAACUAAACCAAAGUCCAAAAUGUUAUUUGACCAUAUCGUAACGUCACUUUGCCUAGGACGCUGGCUACAUUGCCGUUGACUUCAACAAAGAACUCCUCAGUGAGAUAUCAACAAAGACUGGUGUCCGGCUGGUGCUGGACUUUAAAAAUGUAAGUAAGCUGACCCAUCACAAUCCUACGACAAUUACCCCUCUCCCCCCGGCUAAUUUAUCAUUCAUAAUAAUCAUAGAGUUAUCUCCCUUUAAAUCACUGUCAAUCAAUCAUCAUUCACAAUUCAGUCACGUCGUCUUUGUUAACUUUCAUCUGAUCACCAGCUUUCUAUUUCGACACCUAAUCCUAUACAUUUAUCAAUCAAGCUAUAUUUAAUUACUCCCCUUUUCCAGAGUCCUACUUUAAUUAUUUCCCUUUGUGCCCCAUACACUUUCUUUUUAAACUACCACCUAUCACCCAUCUUAGGCUGUGAUCACACUGGCACCGUAUUUCACCGACAGCAUAGACUGACGUGCGAGACCGAUCCGUCGAUAGAGAUAUUCGUCUGACCGUGUGCAUGCUCACAUUGCAACCGAUCACAUCAGAAUAGUCACUGUUUAUCAUAAAAGCGAUUUGGACCUCCUAUCACUAGUGUUAAGCGAAAGUGAAAAUGACUGGUGGUUUCAAACCAAAACAAAAUAACUUUGUAAUGGUUACCACUUGUUUCCAAUACCAAUCAAAUGUAAACCUUGUAGCUAAAAAUACUAGGGUGAAGUUUUCUACGAUGAUAUUCUUCUUCUUCUUAAUGCUUCUUCUUCUUAAUUCUUCUUCUUCUUAAUUCUUCUUCUUCUUAAUUCUUCUUCUUAAUUCUUCUUCUUCUUCUUAAUUCUUCUUCCUUUUCUUCUUCUUCUAUGUAUUACGGGCCCACAAUCAAUUUAUUGAAUUGAACCGCCAUUUUUUUGGACAAAUCUGGCAACAGUAACAAAAUGAUAGGAUUCUGACCAACGGUCAUUGGUAUACGUCCGCGAAGGACUGACUGUCCUCAAUCUUGAUUCAGCUAAUGUGAGGAUAUUCAUUUUGUAAAUGCGCUGGUUUUGUUUUUUCUACCGACUUUGGUCGUGGAUGUCAGUCUGAGAUGUCGGUGAAAUACGGAUACAGUGUUAUCGCAGCCUCAGUCUAAUUACCUCCCAUGUUUUACUAUCCUCUUAUAGUUAUUUCCCAUCUAUUUACUCUUCUCCAGUAUGAAUACUCCCUUUUCUAUUCCCUUAAACUUACCAAUUUUUCCCCUCCUCCCUCAUGUUUAAAUGGCUUCAAAUCUUGUAGUGAAACAAUGUUACCACCUGGGACUUUCCUUGAGUUUCCACUUCUUUACUUAUCCGACCAAUUCUAUCCUCUGCCAGCUGAGGUCACACGAGAUUGCCUCAAAUGUUAGCUGUCGGUCUAGCAAACUCCAGCCUUGCAAAAUCCAGAACAGAUGCCUACCACGUAAGCCGUCAUCUGUUUAUGUUCGUUCAUUGUGUGAUGUAGACGGCCAAUAAUAACUAACCACCCUUAACUUACUACUGAGUCUUGAUUAUCACGUGAUUAAAUUCCAGUCACUCCAUUUCGUGAUCCUAGUGUUUACUGCAUGAAUUCAAAUAUCUGUUUCAUAUGGUCAUCCCCUUGAUCUGGUGACGCCGAUCGUAUGCUACAUAUGAACAAUACUCGUUCAAAUAGACAGAUCUAUUCACACAUUAUGAUGGCUUAUGGUAUACAAGAGAAAUCGAUCCUUAGACCUUAGAGGGUAAUCCUUAUGUCAUGUCUGAGCACACUGAAACGUCCAGACUUUUAAUGACGCACAUUUUAUCGAGCUAAAUUCUGUGCCAUCAUUCUUGCACGGGCACAUAGUGUCGAGUUCACCUCCCCAGUUCCCCUACCCCGUUUCCUCUACACCAGUUCCUCUACCCCAGUUCCUCUACCCCAGUUCCUCUACUCCAGUUCCUAUAUCCCAUUUCCUCUACACCAGUUGCUUUACCCCAGUUCCUCUACCCCAGUUCCUCUACUCCUAUUCCUUUACCCCAUUUCCCCCAUCCUAAGUACCCUCUCCGGACACAUGUGAUGCUAAAUUCGUAAAGCCAAUUGUACGACAUCUUCAGGAGACUCCAAAAGGACCCCCCCCCCAACCACUACCUAUUUUUCAGCGUUUAUAACUCAAAUUUUGUGUUAUUUUGAUAUAUUAUCUUCUGAAGAUUUAACUCAAUGGAAUCACAAGGGAGACAAAUCCUAUAGCUCCGCCAACGCCCUGACCCCUCACACUGUGGCUUACAAUGAAUAUCUUCUUUUGUUUGUACUCUGAUUAUCCGUUUAUAAACCGCUUGUGUCCCGAAUUAUAAGGAACAAAACACCACGAUCUCUCCCCCCCCCCCCCCCCCCCCCAAGCUCACAUGCAAUGCAAAGUCUUCAACUGCAGUACACAAAACUACUAACCUUUCUAGUGUGUAAGAAACUAAUGUAAGGUGUCGGUGAACGGUUAAUUGGCUUCUUAAAAAAAAAUCUUGUAUUUGAGGGGCCCACGAUCAAUUUGUCGAUCAUUCUGGCUCCUGGUUUAAAUUCAGAGUUUGCCUUCUCAUAGGUGGGUUGCCGUCCAAGGCUAACGAGUCCCAUCCAACCGGGUCUGCUUGGGAUGUUGGCUUUGGUGGGGAUUGAACUCCAGCUUUUUAUUAUCAUUAUUUUUCUUUGUUUUGUUUUGUAUUUCUUGAUUCAACAAAUUGAACGGUUAAGAUUGAUUCAUUGUUUUUUUUUUGUUUUUUUUUGUUGUUGCUUUGUUUAGUAUUUAUAACUAUGUAAGUUGAUAGGAACGGGAGCGAAAAAAGUGCCCCGUUGUUAAUUUGUGUACACAUUGGCGCUAUUAAAGAGACUAAACGACCGGCAGAUGGACGAAAUAAAACUAUAGAAACUGUUUGAACUUUCUGAAUUACUUUCAGCCUAUGCCAAGCUGGUCAGCACCCUCACUGGCUACGUCGGCAACAACGUUGUAACGAACGGUGGAAUUUAUUUCCAAACUUGGGAGAUUCCCACCGAGUUCGAUGUCGUCUACAGGUCGUCGUUCAGUGUCCAGGGUGGUCAGCCAUUCUGGCCCACAAUGCACCAAGAGUUAGGUAAUUGAUAGCCCUCCUAUAAUUUUUUUUUAUUACUUUCCUGUAGUCGAGGUUUUAAAUGGCAGUAAUAGAUAUAAUGAAAUGCAUAACAGUUAUAGCUAUGACAUCAAAAAACUAUAGCAGAUGUAUGAUUUAAUGGAUACAACACUUCCAAAAAAAAGUCCAUGUCAAAACGCAAUGGCCCCGACCACUACUAAUCUUAGUAUCCUAAUUUAAGCCACAUGAUCAUAGUCAAUCUAGUUAACAACAGAAAGAAAAAUAAUUAUUUAAACACUAAGUGCAAGGAGACUUAAGAAAGAGGCUUUUAGAGUAUUCAUUAAGAUUAUAUUCUUAAUAUAUCUUAUGAUUGCUGCAUUACAAAAGUAUCACCAUUUAUACCACACAUUUCCCUGGUUCUAUUAUCACCUUUUAUAUCACACAUUUCCCUGGUUCUAUUGUCACCAUUUAUAUCACACAUUUCCCUGGUUGUAUUGUCACCAUUUAUACACACAUUUCCCUGGUUCUAUUGUCACCAUUUAUAUCACACAUUUCCCUGGUUCUAUUGUCACCAUUUAUAUCACACAUUUCCCUGGUUCUAUUGUCACCAUUUAUAUCACACAUUUCCCUGGUCCUAUUGUCACAAUUUAUAUCACUCAUUUCCCUGGUUCUAUUGUCACCAUUUAUAUCACACAUUUCCCUGGUUCUAUUGCCACCAUUUAUAUUACACAUUUCCCUGGUUCUAUUGUCACCAUUUAUAUCACACAUUUCCGUGGUUCUAUUGUCACCAUUUAUAUCACACAUUUCCCUGGUUCUAUUGUCACCAUUUAUAUCACUCAUUUCCCUGGUUCUAUUAUCACCAUUUAUAUCACACAUUUCCCUGGUUCUAUUGUCACCAUUUAUAUCACACAUUUCCCUGGUUCUAUUGUCCCCAUUUAUAUCACACAUUUCCCUGGUUCUAUUGUCACCAUUUAUAUCACAUAUUUCCCUGGUUCUAUUGUCACCAUUUAUAUCACACAUUUCCCUGGUUCUAUUGUCACCAUUUAUAUCACACAUUUCCCUGGUUCUAUUGUCACCAUUUAUAUCACACAUUUCCCUGGUUCUAUUGUCACCAUUUAUAUCACUCAUUUCCCUGGUUCUAUUGUCACCAUUUAUAUCACACAUUUCCCAGGUUCUAUUGUCACCACAAAAUGUUCAUCCAGUUUUAAUUCCUUCCCAUAGGUUACCAUGGCACCAACAGCAUCUACCUGUUCACCAAUCCCAAGACUGUGGUCUCAGAUCUGAGAGUUUUUGACAUUCCCGCUGCAUGUAGCGGAGUUUUCAAUGCUUCUUCUAUACUAACCAAGUAGAUGGGUUAAGAGUUUAAUGACCAGCAGAUGACCGUCAGUCUUUGUUGCUGCUAUUUGUACAUUCCAUCACCAUUUCAUCGUUUAAAUGCCACACUGUUGUGAAUGUAAUGUUUUACUACACUGUAUGUUCUCCGGACCAAAAUUUGUGUGUAUAUAUAAAUUAAAUUAAAUCAACUCUUGUCAUCAACUAUUCUCGCCUACUGUUGCCACCGAAGGAAACCAACUUUUAUCACCACCAACUGUUGUCACUAACUGCUGUUACAACUGUUGUCACUAACUGCUGUUACAACUGUUGUCACUAACUGCUGUUACAACUGUUGUCACUAACUGCUGUUACAACUGUUGUCACUAACUGCUGUUACAACUGUUGUCACUAACUGCUGUUACAACUGUUGUCACUAACUGCUGUUACAACUGUUGUCACUAACUGCUGUUACAACUGUUGUCACUAACUGCUGUUACAACUGUUGUCACUAACUGCUGUUACAACUGUUGUCACUAACUGCUGUUACAACUGUUGUCACUAACUGCUGUUACAACUGUUGUCACUAACUGCUGUUACAACUGUUGUCACUAACUGCUGUUACAACUGUUGUCACUAACUGCUGUUACAACUGCUUUUACAACUGCUGCCAUCGAUUCUUGUCAUAAACUGCUGUCAUCUACUGCUGACAGCACCUGCCGUCAAUAACUGCCGCCAUUAAUUGUUGUCAUAAACUGCUGUCAUCAGCUGCUGUCGUCAAGUGCUGCGUCCCCUGCUGUGGAGUCUACACUGUGAAAUAAAACCACCACUCUUUAAAGGAGGGAAUAGAACAGUGGUCCUACCAUCAAACACAUUUAAACCGUUUCCUUCACAGCCCUGCUCUCCCAUCAAAUCUGGAAGUCUUGAUAAUUAUCAGUGAAAACACGACUCAUCAUUGACUACUGUUGACAUCUGUUUGUGAUCAUUAGACCUUAGAGCCAGUCAACGCUGGACAAGCGUAUUGGCUUCAAUUUGGCCUGAAGAUAAGUCUACUGGUUCAUGUGCAUUCAAGCGUGAAUACUGCUGUUGCCAAUUAAAUUAGAUGUCUUCAUUUUUAUCAAAAACAAUAUUUUUUUCAAGUAUUUGCCAUCGAUGUUUCUGUAAAUAUAAAUAUGCUUUUUUUUUUUUUAAAUUCAAAGAACAUAAAUUAGAAAAAUAAAUGGAUGUUCAUGUUGGUGAGGAUGCAUUAUACAGUUUUAUUUUAUAAAUUAGCUAUCUUUCGAAUUGUCUGAUGUGAGGAGAUACUAUUUCACGACACAUUAAAAUCGAUAUUUUAUCUCGUCUUUCAAUGAAUUAUUUUUUGUUUGAAACAUUAAAAAAGUAUUAGAUAAUAAUAAGAAAUAUAAUUAUUUUCUAAAAAAUUAUUUUUUUAGGAAUAUAGUUGUAUAGCAGGGAAAAUGUCAAAAUUCCCAUAUAUAUAUAUAUAUAUAUAUAUAUUUAAGCCACAUCAAAUGACUGUACCGGUACAGUUUCCACAACUUAGGGAAUAAUGCAGGUAGGAAACAACACAUAAUGAUCUAAUCACAAUAGUGUAGAGCGAUACUUAAAAAAUACACAUAGCUCACAAUAAGAUAUGUUGUCACUCAAGUAUGUAAAAUUGGUUUUAAUAUGAUGCACACUUCAGGAGGGAGGGAGGGCACUGUGCUAGGAGUUAUCUCCUUUUAUAUAUAUAUAUAUAUAUAAGUGUGUGUGUGUUUGUGUGUGUGAAUAAAAGAUGCUCGGAAAAUGGAGUUAAGAAGUACCAUUUCAUUAAACCUUAAGGAAAAUAACACAAGGCAAAAAUUGACUUUAACCCUUAAUCGUCCGAAAUAUGUAAAAGUCUGAUAAAGAUGAUGUCUGUUAUAGAUGAUGUCUGUUAAAGAUGAUGUCUGUUAAAGAUGAUGUCUGGCAUUGGUUCUGUCUUUUAUAUCAGCUCAGGUCUGUGCCUGAGGGACGUCGAAAGCCAACGAGCCAAAUCAAAGGGCGGGCAGGGGUGGAUUUCCUUUAAGACCAAACUGAACCAUGUCUUGGGGCAACAAACCCCGAGCGGCGCCAUAAAAUUAGAUCAUUCGAAUUAUAAUUUCAAUAUUAAAGAGAUUUAUUGAAUUUAGACUAAAAAUAAACCGUACUUACAACAAUAUGCAUAAAAUAACAUUGGCUGCUUUCAAAGAGACUAUUUUGAAAGUUUACCUUUAUUAAACGGUUGCUUCACCUGGGUCCCAACUUCUGCAAGUUGUAGGUCUCAAUUUUUUGCUUUAACUUUUAUAUAUAUAUAUAUAUAUAUAUAUAUAUUUUACACAGAGGAGAACUAAACCAACCAUUUUUGUUGUGUUAGUAUAGGCCAAUAUUAUGGAAACUGCCGCAAUGGACUGCGUUGCGUCUGUUAUUUCUUGUCACCCCAUUUCGUCUAUGAUCAAUGUGUGAGCAAUAGGUCCUUUGAUUGACUGUUGCCCUUGGUGACCACGUAUUGUAGUUUACUUUGUUCCUUUUCUUCCUCCCAAUAUUUCUAUAUAGGGGGGGGGAGGGGGGUAAGAGUACGUCAGCUAAAUGCACUAUAUAGAAUUGAACCAAAUUUUUUCAGGGUUCCACCAUCUUAUAAAGUGCAUAAUAAUUGAUGGUAAGAUAAAAUAUGCCUUGCGUCUUUCAAUCCAUAUCUUUUCGUUAAAUGUGUCUGGGGGGGGGGAGGGGGGUAAGAGUACGUCAGCUAAAUGCACUAUAUAGAAUUGAACCAAAUUUUUUCAGGGUUCCACCAUCUUAUAAAGUGCAUACUAAUUGAUGGUAAGAUAAAAUAUGCCUUGCGUCUUUCAAUCCAUAUCUUUUCGUUAAAUGUGUCCAGAAAUUCCACCUACCCCUCGAUAGAGUGAAACGUGCCACCAGGGGGCGGGCUGACCCACCCACAUGCCCCUCUUCCCAGUCUUUAAAUGACCUGAGUCUAAAUUCAUGUCACGAAAAUGUGAUGCAUACCUUUUUUGUUGGUUUUCUUUACAUUUGAACAGAUGUGUUUUCAUCUCAGGUAACAAAACUAACAAAAAGACCAUACGUUUUUGAGGUCAUAGAGGUCACACAAAGAAAUUUCAGUUGCUAUCAGAGGCGUCACUAGGGUCAGAGUCAUCAGGUAAAAUCAUCGUGUCACCAACUCCUUUUAUUCCGGAACCCCCCCCCCUGUAAAUGCCCCCAAAAAGUCUUAAACACAUCAUACAGAAUUGCUUAAAGUCUUGUUUUGAAAUUAAAUCCUAAAGCAAAAAACGACAUAUGAGGAAGACACACAUAUAAUUUGAGGCAAUAGCGUUAAAAAAUGCAAAACAUUUACUUUUUAAUGAGACAUAAAGCUUUGCUGUUAAAACUUCUAUAUCCUGGUAUUCAAAGAAGCAAAUCUCUCAACCACUUCAUCAAAUCAACAUCUUUUCACCUCAUCACUUUCAAGAUGAUGAAAUCGCAAGACCAAAAAGCCUGGUAUAUCGGAAAUGGUUCCUUAUAAUUUCAGAUUUUAAAAGCUCCUCACAAAUGGAGCUACAGGACACACAGCUCGUGAGAAAUCAUUGAAGGCUUAUUUAUAUAGAGAAUUUAGGAAGUCCCAUUCAGCUACCGGUAUGAUCCUGUAUUUAAGUAUAUGCCAAAACGUGCCAAGUGUACUUGUUCUUAUAGCCAUUUGAAUGUUUUAGCUACUGUUUUUAUAUUCAUUUUUCACAUUGUAGUUACUAUUCUAGUGUCUCUGGUUUUUCAUUUUUAUUUUGCUUUAGCAGUUUAAAUAGUUUACAUAUUUAUUAUUAUUGUAAAGCGCUUAGAGCUGUAAGGUAAGCGCUAUACAAAAAUGCCUAAAUAAUAAUAAUCAUUUCAAAGCUUGAAAUGUUGACGAAUUUUCAAUUACAUCGAGAUGAAUAUCUCCUGCUUUCAGUUGUCUUCACAGCCGUGAUGGCAUUUCAACUAAAUGUUCAUUUUCAGAUAGCUCAGAAAGUGCUAAGUUUUGGAAAAGACACAAAUAACACGUCGUCAUUGGCAUGUAGUAGACGCGUAGCUUAAACAUCCUCAAAAUUCUUCCUUGUUGGCUUUUGAUUUGAUCUGGAGUUCAGAAUUCAUUAAAAAAAAUAUUUUUAAAAAAAAAGAAAAAAAAAAAGUCCAAUACACUUGAGCAUCGCCCUCUUGUUUCUUCUUGCACAGUGAGUUUGGCGUCUCCUGAUUUCCCCCUUACCAUUUUAUCCUUGAACCUCAGUGUUCUCCCUACUGAAAUUCUAAAUUGGUCUGAUUUUUAAGUGCUUUUUUCAAUUGUAAGCUUCUACAAUUGACUGUGCUUCUCCUGCAGAAAAAAGUCUUUGCGCUACUACCUUGGUCACCCCUUUGUCAAGAGUUAAGCCCUAGUCUGCGGGUAUUGUUGAGUAAGAUGAAGUGUAUCAAGUACAUCAGGUCAAAAGUCAUGGCUGAAGACACAAAACAUGUCUUUAACUUGUUUGAAUCCAGCAGGAUGAUGACUCCAGCGUGUUGUUGAUACUCUUUUCACCGAGAAUCCAGUGUGUUACAGUUAAAAUAUCACAUCAAAGAACAGGAGCAGACAAGAUGGAAACAAAUGGUUAAACAUGGUGCAUCUUCUGUAGAAGAUUGUUUGAGUGUUUGACUACAACAAAAGUUAAGGGAACGAUCCCCACAUCCAAGUAAAGUCGCUCUCUUCUACUUUCUUUUCCGUAGGGGUUUGUAAAUGUCCUUGAAUUCCACACAUUGUGGCAACAUCAUCGUAAUCUUAUUCUCGGCACAUUAUUAUGUCCAGUACAUCAUUUCCCGAGGUUUUUUUAAGAAUAUCAGAACUAAGUUAAUCCAUUUUUUUUCUUCUCCAUUUAAAGGGAACAAUCUUAAUUUUUAAAGACACAUUCCUUGCUUCAAAAUUUCAUAUCGUGAAUUUUCUCAUUUAAGAUCACUUCGGACAUCUAUCUCUUCAAUAUUUGAUAGGCUAGAUGUACCGUCGAACACGUUUCCAAAAUACACUAUAUAAAGGAAAGGGAGUUCAUUGUUUAUGUUUUUACUACAGUAACUCCUGAAUCGCUUCAGGCGUCACAACUUAGGCUAAGGGACCGAUCUUAUGGGGAAAAAACAACAACGAAUUUAUUACUUUUGGAACUUAAAGGUUUCUCAUUUAGGUUGUUUUGUUGUUUUUUUUAUUAUUCCUGGAAAACGGGAAUAGAGUUGUCCAAUUUCUGGAAAACGGGGAUAGAGUUGUCCAAUUCCUGGAAAACGGUGAUAGAGUUGUCCAAUUCCUGGAAAACGGGGAUAGAGUUGUCCUAUUCCUGGAAAACGGGGAUAGAGUUGUCCAAUUCCCGGAAAACGGGGAUAGAGUUGUCCAAUUCCUGGAAAACAGGGAUAGAAUUGUCCACAUCCGGGAUUUUCCAUGAAAUCCAGGGAAAACAUUAUAUUUAAUGAGUUGGUUUUUAUAGUUGUUUAAUUGUAUUGUUAGUUGAGAGGUUGGUAGCUUGCUACUAGUUGCCUUCAUGUCCCCCCCCCCCACCUUAUCCUUGGCAAUAGAUCUCUAGUUGAUCAUAUCUUUCUUUAGCUAAACUCGUAUAUAAUCUGCUGUAAAAAAAAAACCCCAAAAAUUAUCAGUUUCACUUUUCUUUUUUUUUUCGUCAGCUUUCUGAUUCUAGAAUACAAUACGCCAAUAAAAAAUUUACAAGCGAAUGUUUUUUAAGAACAAAAACUUGUGGAAAUGGGAUCAUUGAGAAUAUUUAAAAAAAACAACAACAACCAAACUAGGGAAGUGUUUUUAUUUGUUUUUGUUUUACUAUAAUGAAUUUGGAUGAAAAAAACACGACAUAAUAUAUAGCAUUAUAAAGUUAGUUUGACACGUGAAGUCUUGGAAUCAUAAAAUGACUAGAGCACACGUUUACAGCCCAUGGGAGGUGACCACAGAUGGUGCGGCGAAGGGAUUUGUGUGGGGGAGGGGCAGUUGCGUAGCGAGGGUGUUUGGCGCCCGGGGACAAGAUUCGCGCCCGGGGACAAGAUCCAUUUUUAGCGCCCCUUUUUCUUUUUUUCAACUCUCAAGCCCAUUAUUUUCAUCAAUAAAAUAAUAUCAAAGCCCAUUUGGGCGCCCCUAACUAGUUGGCGCCUGGGGACAUCUGCCCCCCCCUGCCCCCACCACGCUACGCCUCUGGGGAGGGGGAAACUGGCUGAAAUAAUCGACUAAAGGAAAUGGUGGAAAUUUUUGUUUUAAAGUUUAAGUUACAAUUUAAAUCUUAUGAAAUAUGUCUCCAACUUCAUUAUAUUUGACAAAUAGGUUUUAGUAUGUUUAACUUUCCAAAAAUGUACUCCAUAUUUAUUUUACUUUUUACUUUAUUAAAAAGCAUUUUUUUCCCCGAUAGGUCGAGGUGACGGUCACUUGGCUUUAGUGUGAAUGUGGUCGUGACUUGAAAACGAUUGAAAAUCUGUGUAAUUAAGCUACUCACCUACAAUAUUUUACAGGUCCUGAAUUAAAGCGACAAUUUUUGACAAUCUGUGAACAUACUGAUGUAUCCUGAGUGUGCUAACUUGGAGUUUACAGGGAUGGUGAAAGGUCCUGGGAAGACUUUUGAUAGCUAAAAACGUGCAGGAUCUCGGGAUCACGGGAGUGGACCCUGGGUGGCGCCCUAUCCUGGUGGCGCCCUAUCCUGGUGGCGCCCUAUCCUGGUGGCGCCCUAUCCUGGUGGCGCCCUAUCCUGGUGGCGCCCUAUCCUUGUGGAGCCCUGCUCUUGUGCCACUCGGUUCUUGUAGAUCUCUAUGUCUGGUGGCUUCCUGGUGAUACCACGCUCUUUUCUUGAACUUGUGAUAGGUGAUAAGAGCGACUAGAGAGAAUUCGCAAAAUAUUUCAUUCGGUGUCAACCCCCUUGUGAGUGGGAUCGACCCGCGCGAUCCACCACCCCCUAGUGACGCCACUGGUUGGUGUGUCAAUAAGAUCGGUGAAAAUGACACUCUGAUUCCUGUUUUUGUCUUGUUAUCAGACGUCACGUCCUUUCCGGUCUGAUCAAGUCUGCAAAACAAUGUUUAGUGACUCGCGUUUAGUCAGCGGUUCUCAAGAAGAUGCUGACUAAAUUAUUGCGCCGAAGGAGACCGAUCAUUUCAUGGUCGAUGUAAAAGUCCAGUGAUGAUGUUCAAAUAAGGAUUGGUCCCGACUGCAAAUGUCCACAGGACAUAAGGAGGUCAAGCCCAGUUUUUCUUUCAAGCACCGCUCGGGUUUGGGGGGGGGCAUGCCCCCACCCCCCAACCUCUAUCAUAAAGUCAACAGCACUAGACCUCUCCCCCCCCCCCCCUCCCUGAAAAUAUGUACCGCUAUGAAACAAAAAUACAUUGUGUAAAAACGGUAUUUGAUGAUCCGUAAAUUUAAAUCUAAUCUUGUUAGAGGCUUACACUAUUAGUUAAUACUUAUCGUAGUGUUCCGACAAUCGGUCACUGCUGAUUAAAAGCCAUAGUUUGACUUCCUUUUGUUUGCAAAUAUGGUUAUUUUUUACUAUUUAUCUGAUGCAACUUUAUCAUUCUAAAGAUUUAAAAUACACUUUUUUUUAAAAUACCUUGGAUUCAAUCUAAAGGUCUACAAUUUUGAUAUUAGUUCUUGCUAUGUAAUCAAGCGUGUGCACAUUAAGUUGGUAAUUUGAAAAAAAGUGUCCUCAGCACAACUUUCACCCCCUAAAAAAUAUCCUAUGUCCCAAUACAGCCGUAGGAUUUGAAGUGCCCACGCGAUGGCUUUGAUUUCAUGUGACACCUCCAUCUUUAACCAGCAUCUCUCUGUGUAUUUGCUUCAACUAAGUGUAUUUGCUUCGAUGCAUUCUAAUCAAAGAUUUCUGGGGACUAUAAAGAUAGUAGUGAUGAGACUAAGUUAGAACAAAAAGCAUACCCUGAGGGGCGCCACAACUGGAGUGAAUUUAGUUCAUAUUUGGCCGGGGGGAUUUCGAGAUGUGUCUGGUCGUUAUUAUUGUUAAUUUUGGUGUUUCCAAAACUUAAGUCUGAAAUGCCGGUUCCCAAACUACCUGAAAGCAACACCAAAUUCAAGAAUGUGGCGCAAUGUUUUCUUGCAUUUUAAAUUUAUCAAAAUGUUUCGAAGGGGACCCCUGCCCCCGCUUUUGCUCGAAAUUAUUCGGGACUCUCAAUCCACCCCCCACCCACCACCCCUUAUUCCCAUAAGCCGGUCAAUUUAACAGAACGGGAUUAAAUUUGGAUUUGUGCAAAAUGAUUACCCUGGGGCGCACCAUGACCGGGGUGAAUUCAGUUUGUGUAUUCUACCGGACAACUAUGUCAUGGCCCGGGUGUAAAAGGAGGAGGGUAGUCGUGAGGUCAGCUAGGAGGAGGGUAGUCGUGAGGUCAGUUAGGAGGAGGGUGGUCAUGAGGUCAGCUAACUCACCCGUAAAAACAAACUGCUACAGAAACGUCAACAAGAAGAUAAACCAUUUCAGCCCCGUUAAAAGACGGCUCUUCUUCCACAAUAAGUUAUGAAGCAUGGCAGCCAAAGCCAGGCUACACUUGAAGCCCCUAAGGUUGACACGCCUUUCAAAGUUAAUAAACAUAGGCUCAUGGAAUGAUAGAACCAUGUAUAACAAACAGGAAAAUCUGCACAAGUGGCGGCAGAAAUGAGGACAUACAAACUCGCAGUGCUUGGCAUCUGUGAAGUACAGACUUUCGUAAACAAGACUCAAGCUAAAAAAUGAAGAAAAACUAGGAAUAGCCGGCUGCUAAACGACUAAAAUUCAACAUAGCCCUUCUGGCAAACGAGUAGAAGCCAUAGGAAUGCAGCGUUACCUUGAGAAAUUAGGUCCAGGCACUGCCGGACCAAAAAGAUGAUGACCAGAUAAAGCAUAAAUUGUUAAACAUAUAGAGGUCUCUGACAUCCAUUCGCAACUGUGGACCGGUGAAGCAAAAGAACACAAAGAAUGUCUCUCACCCAACAGGCUGCAAAAAACAAAUAUACAAGAGGAAAGAAACGAAUGGUGCAGUUUACCACAGCCGCACCAAUACAAAGAAAACGAAAGCAUAAGAGAAAUAGAAAGAAGCAAAUCGAAGGGUUAAAAAAAAAUCACCAAACAAGAUAAAAAAUGAUUUAAUAGAUGGUCUUGCAUCAACAGCAGAAGAAGCAGCCUGAAAUAGAAACAAGAACGAGCUCAAUGACAUAACAAAACAGCUCUCAUGGGGAUAUAAGAGGACAGGGAGACCGGUUGAAGACUUGGGAGGUCGAUCAAUAGCAGAACGGAAAGAACAGAAAAAAAAAGAUGAGUGGAAUACUAAAAAGACCUCCGCCCGCAGACACACCAUACAUGCACUGGCAAAUGAAGACUAACAAAUAGAAGAAAGUGCACUAAAUAAGGAAGAAAUAGCUCUGGCUAUCAAGCAGCUCAAAAAACGGGAAAGCAUCGGGAAUGUAUAACAUCGCAACAGAGAUGAUGAGAACAUGUAUGGAUUCAAUAAUCAAUUUGAAAAGAUUUGAGGAGAAGAGAGAGUUUAAAAAUAUUGGGAAGAAGGUGACCUCAUCGAGAUAAAAAAGAAAUGGGAUCUCAGCAACCGUGAAACCUGCAGAGGAAUAAUACUGCUGUCUGUAAAAGAAAAGAUUCUUCAAUAUAAUUUUUUUUGAACUAGGUGACCCGCGGCGUAGCAUACGCCGCGAGCUUGUUGGGGUGUGCGCAUGGCUGGCAAGCGAGGGUGGAUAUAGCCCGCCAAACAUUGGCGACGGCAAUGCGUGAACUUCCCAUCUACUGAAGUUACUUGACAAAAACGUGAACUCAAGCUACGCACAUUUAAGAAUGUAAAUUUUGCUUCACCCCCUCCCCAACCUUUUUUUUCAUGAUACGCCACUGCAGACUUUUUAUUUCACGCUCAAGAACUAUUUAAAUAUAGCCGACCCACGGCUUAGUGCAGGAGAUGGGGGGGGGGGGGGGGGGGGGGGGGGGGCGGUAGCUCCACCGCAGUGCGCAUGUCUCGAGACCAACGAUGAACAGGCAAUGGAAGGGAGGGUAGGAUUUGCCUGUGUCUUGCUUGCUCUGGCGUAUCUAUAAAUAGCCUGCAUGGUCGUCGUCUUCUUGUUUGUCUUUUGGCGAAUUUUAUAUAUAGAUAUAAUGAAGAACCAGGUCGACACGCAGCUUCGAGAUCAACAGGCUGGCUUCCGCCGAAACAGAUCAUGCACAGAUCAAAUUGCUACACUACGAAUCAUAUUAAAACAGUCUUUCGAAGUUAUCGACUACAAAAGGCAUGUACACUCACAUAUGACUUUAAAAUGGAAACAGGAGUCUGAGAAGGAUGCCUCUUGUUCUCCUUCCUAUUCAUCCUUGCCAAUGACUGGAUAAUUAAAGAAUCCACAGACAAAAAGACUAACGGGAUACAGUGGACACCCUUCGAACAACUGAAUGACCUUGACUACGUAGAGGACAUUGCACUUCUGUCGCACAACCAGCAACAAAUACAGGAAGUAUAUGCAAGGAAAUAUGGGAGUCAAAAGAGCUGAUUCUGCAAACCAAAGUACAUAAUGAUAGAAUUAUGUCAGAUGCACUGUAAAUGCAUGUAGGGACAGUCAGCAUUUGUGGCAGAACAAUCACCAACCUACGUAUUGCAGAUGACAUAGAUGGACUGACUGGAAACGAAGAAGAGUUAUACAAUCUCGACACGACUCCAUCGUCCUUUGGCGUGCAAAUCAGUGCAGAAAAUACAAAAUUGAUGACGAAUAACACCACUGGCAUCUCCACUGAAAUUAAGGUCCGGGAGGAAAGACUAGAGACAGUAGGCAGCUUCAAGUACCUAGGAGCAAUAGUCUCGGAAGAAGGCUCCACGCCCGAAUAGAUGUCCAGUAUUGCUCAGACCACAACAGCACUAAAGAGGCUUAAGAAAAUAUGGAAUAACAAAAAUAUACCCCCCCCCCAGCACCAAAAUGAGGCUGAUGCGCUCAUAAGUCCUCUCCAUUCUCGUGUAUGCCUCCGAGUCCUGGAUGUUAACAGCAGGACUUGAAAGAGAAAAUAAAGGCGAUGGAGAUGAGAUUUUUCAAAAACGUUCUUGGAUUCUGCUAUAGAGACCUUAUCUCUAAUGAACAAGUGAAAGAAAUGACUCGUCAAGCAAUGGUGCAAUAUGAUGACCUCCUGGUUACUGUAAAAUAGCGCAAACUGGAAUGGUAUGGCCACGUAACAAGAAAACAAGGGAUCGCCAAAGAAACUACGCGGUGCACAACGAGAGGAGGGAGAAGAAGAGGAAGUCCCCUGCAUGGUGAUAUUGUUUUCCGGAUAGAGUUCUGAGGGGUCUGACAUAACGCCUCUUAAUCGACACGCCAUAAUGGGACCAGUAUGCCGACGAGACUGACUUCUUUGAACUAAAAACUUUAAAGAUAUUUAUAUAUUUGUAUGGUCAUGUCUCCAUGCCAUACGAACAUUUACGGACAAUUCAUUUUAGAUCAAAUUUUUACCAAUUGUCCGUUUAAGAAAGACUGGCUAUUCUGCUCGUAAUGCACACCGAAAUUGAACGAGGAAAUAAAACAAAUGAAUAGAGUGGCGCAUUCUAAAGAGUAGAAAAUAAUGCGAUUUGGCCGCACACAUUUAAAUAUAUCUUUCAACAAAAUGACGCCAUUACAUACAAUUUUAGAAACUUUGCUCUUUUUAAAAUUAUUUUUUAAAAAAGACGCGGUGAAAUAAAAGCUUGACAGAACUUAUAAAACCAGGAUACAAUAGAUACAAUUUAUGACUUUCAACUUCCUUUUGUUUUAUUGCUAAUUGAUUUUCCGUACUCCUAUAUAAAUACGAAGCACGUGCCAAGCCUUCUAUAUAGCACCCUUUCUUGCGUCUACUAUCCUCCUCAAUAUGUCAGCAACCGCCAUCUACGUGUUUGUCAUCGUGAUAUCGUCCGCCCUGUGCCAGGACCCUGUACUGGUGUGCCAGCCUCCAAUUUACCAGACAAACUACACUAACAUACUGACAGGGGUAAGUACUAUAUGUAUAAUAAGGAAUAAACAAUAUAUUGCCAGGGCAAGUAUUAGGCAAACUGCUCAAGUAUAUGGCAUAGGGUAAUUAUCUUGUGUUUUUUCAUUUCUUAAGUUAACCUAGAGCGUAGAGCUCCGUUACGGAUAGAUUUUAUGCUGACGAUUUCAUUAUGCAAAUAGAAGAAGAUCAAAACAAAAUAAUUAAAAAAAAAAAAAGACUUUGGAUUUUCCCAAUACUUCAAGCUAUGAAAAAUGUUAUGUGGUAAUGAAGAUCAUUUAAAUUGUUGCUCUGUUCCAUUAUUCGAUUAAAGAUCAACUAAAUGUGCUCUAAAUUUGACCGUUCAUAAAACUUAAUUUGUUGAAAUCGGUAAAGACGACUUUACUAAAUUUAAACAGUGAUCCACGUGUGAAGGGUAGAAACGAGGCCAAGUUUUCUAGUGCUACGGGACGCAAAUAACUUCUAACUUCUAGAGAAAAUAAGACCUCACUCAAAAAUAAAAAUAAAAAUUAAAAAUUAAAAAUAAACAACCUUUUGUAUCGCUUAAUUAAAGUUAUUUGAAAAAACAUGCAUUAGAAUGUAUCUAUAAUUUUAACAUAACUUCUAAGAUAUCAACAGUUGUGAAGCUUUUUAUUUCAUUUUAAUAAAGAUUAUGUUUCAAUAAAAUCUAAUCCAAUAAAGUCCAAUAUGCUAUUUGACCAUUUCGUAAUGUCACUUUGCCUAGGAUGCUGGCUACAUUGCCGUUGAUUUCAACAAAGAACUCCUCAGUGAGAUAUCAACAAAGACUGGUGUCCGGCUGGUGCUGGACUUUAAAAAUGUAAGUAAGCUGACCCAUCACAGUCCUACGAAAGAUAAAAGAUACCCCCCCUUUUUUUUAAAAAAUCCCCCCCCCCCCAUUCUUUGUAAUCAUAGAUUUAUCUCAAUUUAACUCAUAGUCAACCGAUCAUCAUUCACAGUUCACAGUAAAAAUUUAAGUAAGCUGACCCAUCACGGUCUUAUGAUAGAUAAAAGAUACCCCCCCUUUUUUUUAAAAAAUCCCCCCCCCCCCAUUCUUUGUAAUCAUAGAUUUAUCUCAAUUUAACUCAUAGUCAACCGAUCAUCAUUCACAGUUCACAGUUUAGUCACGUUCUCUUUGUUAACUUCUCCUGAUCGCCAUAUUUCGAUUCCGACACCUACUCCAACACAAUUAUCAAUCAACCUAUUUUCAAUUACUCCCAUUUUCCACUAUCCCACUUUAAUUAUUUCCCUUUAUUCCUUACACACGUUUGUUUUAACUACCACCUAUCACCCAUCUUAGGCUGUGAUCACACUGGCUCCGUAUUUCACCGACAUCCUAAUCUGACUUACGAGUCGGAUCUAUCUGUGGAGAAAUUCGUCUGACACUGUGCUCCGGGUGCAAACGAUCGCAUCUGAAUCUUCUUUUGCUUAUCUUGACAACGGCCUUAACCUUCUUUAUGACAAGUGUUUAAAGAAGUCAAAAUGAUUUUUUUUUUUAAAGAAAACAAAAUAAUACACAUUUGUAAUUGCCAACAAUACUUACCCAAAAAAGUAAAUAUAAACUUUUUAGCUACAGAUAUAAAAUUCUGGAAUGAACACUUGAGUCGAAUCACAUUUUUAAAAAUAAAAAUUUAAACAAAUUAUGGUUUUGGAGCUACAAUCGGACAAUUCUUGCUACAUAAACAAAAUGAUUUAAUUGUGACCGACGGGCGAUGGUAUACGUUCGCGAAGCACCGACUGUCACCAGUCUUGUUUGAGUAAAUGUCAGGCUCUUCGUAUUGUUUAUGCGUUUGUUUUUCCGACCGAAUUCGGUCUUUAAUGUCGGUAAAAUACGGAUCCCGUGUGAUCGCAGCCUAGGUCUAAUUACCGCCCAUGUUUUACUAUCCUCUUAUAAUUGUAUCCUAUUUAUUCAUUGCUCGCGAGUAUAAAUUAUUCCCCUCCGUUCCCUUAACACCAUCAAUUUUUGUCGCCCUGACACGUGUUUAAAAACUAUUUAAAACUUGUAAUGAAACAUUGCUUCCCUUGUGACUUCUCAUAGAGUUUACACUUUUUUAGUUAUCUGACCAAGUUUGUCCUCUUCCAGCUGAGGUCACACGAGAUCGCCUCCAAUGUUAGCUGUCGGUCUAGCAGACUCCAGCCUUGCAAAGUCAAGAGCAGAUGCCUACCACGUAAGCCGUCAGCUGUACAUGUUUGUUUAUCGUGUGACGACUAGGGCUAACAAAAUAACCACCAUUAACUUAGCUCUAGGUCCGGACUAUCACGUCAUUUUCAUUUCAAUAACGUUAACUCCAUUUCGUGAUGCUAAUGUGUAGCGCAAGAUUUCAAAUAUCUGUACCAUAUGAUAACUGCCUCGAUCUCAUUACGCCGAUCGCAUGCUACAAAUGAACAUUACUCAAAUCAUCCGCAGUGUCAUCCACGGCAAGAUGUGUGCCCGUUGCAAUACGGCUCAUCUGGGAGGGACGAGUUGGCGUCUUUCAGACAGGUGUACUGAGCACCUUGGUCCUAGGCCCAGUGCUUUUCACGAUGUACAUUCAGCCCCUGGGCGCAGAGAUCAGGCAGUUUGACAUGUUGUAUCACAUGUACGCGGACGAUACACAACUUCAUCAAUCCGUGAUACCUUCUCAGUUCCCUCAGCUGCUCAGUAUGACACAGAAGACAAUGGAGUCGGUUAAGCACUGGAUGACGAUAAACAAGCUCAAAUUAAAUGAUGAUAAGACUGAGCUGCUCCCAAUCGCGACCGCUCAGAAGCAAAAAUCUGCAAAUAACACUACAUCCAUUACUCUCUCAGGUGUGCGUAUUGAGUUAGCUCAAACAGUGCGGUACCUGGGUGUCUACCUAGAUGGAAGACUAACUUUUGAAAGUCAUAUUAACAUGCUAUGCAAGGCGAUUUUUCUAGAGCUGCGCAGGAUUAGUCACAUCAGGCCCUUCCUAACAAUUGAUGCAACAAAGAGGCUGAUGUCUGCAUUUGUGCUAUCGCGCAUGGACUAUUGCAAUGCUCUUAUGGUGGGUCUUCCAGCUACGCUCCUGGAUAAAAUUCAAAUAGCACAGAAUAAUGCGGCUCGCAUUGUUCUCCGCAAACGCAAGUUUGACCAUGCAAAAACACUUCUGAGAGAGCUGCACUGGCUGCCAGUGCGUGCUCGCAUGGAGUACAAAAUCGCAACUUUGUGCUACCGCUGCUUACAUGACCUGGCGCCGUCCUAUCUGAAAGAGCUGCUGACGCCUUAUGUACCCACUAGAGAGCUCUGCUCAUCCGAUAGUGGCAAACUCUCGACACCACGUGUUUGCCUUGAGACUUACGGAAAGCGCACUUUCGCAUUUGCUGGUCCAACAAUUUGGAAUGCCCUUCCUGUCGAUCUCAGAAACAACCAGACACUGGAGUCCUUUAAAACCGAUUUAAAGACACAUCUAUUUCGCAAACACCUUCUGGGAUGAUUGUCAACAUUAUUUUCCAGUUAAUGCAUAAUGGCUGUGUUGCUUAUGGUUGAAAUGGCUAGAAAGACUUUGCCAUUGUAUGCUUGUACUUAGUUUUUGUCGUGUUGCGUUUGUUUUAAAUGUGGUAAACUAUAGAUUUGUUUUUUUUUUUUACUUUGUACCGCGCUUCGAGCCUUUGGGGAUGAAGCGUGUUUUUGAAAUGAACUUUAUUAUUAUUAUUAUUAUUAUUCCACAAAAUAAACAAUGUCACUUUUUGAAUUUUUUUUCAGCCUAUGCGAAGCCGGUCAGCACCCUCUCUGGCUUCAUUGGCAAUAGAAUUGUUACCAACGGUGGCAUUAAUUUAACAACUUGGGAGAUUCCCACAGAGUUUGACGUCGUACACAGGUCAUCUUUCACUUCCCAGGCCAGUCAGCCAUUCUGGCCCGCAAUGCACCAAGAAUUAGGUAUUUAAUAGCCCUCCAAUAUUUUUUUUUUAAAUUUUCCUGUUGGGUUUUAAAUGGCAAAGAUAUAUAUAAUAAUAAAAUACACAACACUUAUAGCUAUGAUGGACAAAACAAUGAAAGACUAAAGUCAUUGUACAAUUUUACCGCGGGAAAUUUAUUAACAGAAGUGUCAGAAGGUCUUGUCAAAACAUCGCACUCCUAGCCGCUACUAAUCUUUUUUAUUCUAAUUUAAGCCACACGUCCACAGUCAAUCUAGUUAACAGGCAAAAUGAAACAUUUAAACACUAAGUGCAGGGAGACUUGAAGAAAAAGGAUGGUUUAAAGGGUCCACCAAGAUUAUUAUAAAUGGAAACAUAUUCUUAAUAUAUCUUAUUAAUGUUGUAUUACAAAAGUGUCACCAGGGAUUUCCUGCUUCUAGUGUCACCAUUUAUAUCAGGAUUUCCCAGAUUCGAGUGUCACCAUUUAUAUCUGGGUUUCCUAAGUCUAUUGUCAUUAUUUAUAUCACGCAUUUGCAAGGUUCUAGUGUGACCAUACACACACACAUAUAUAUAUAUAUAUAUAUAUAUAUAUAUAUUACGUGUUUUCCUGGUCACCAAACAUUUUUCAUCCAGUUUUAUUAUUCCCAUAGGUUACCAUGGCACCAACAGCAUCUACCUGUUCACCAACCCCAGGGUUGGCAUAACCGAUUUGAGAGUGUUUAACAUUCCCGCUGCUUGCGGUGGAGUUUUCAAUGCUUCUUCUGUACUAACCAAGUAGCGGAGUUUAAUGACCAGCAGAUGACCGACGGUCUUGGUUGCUGCUGUUUGAACAUUCUUGUACCCUCUCAUGUUUGGAAUGCCACCUUACAUGUAAUAGUUUUAAUAUUUCACUAUAUUUUAUAAUUUUUAUAAUGCUCUAUUGAAAAUAUUCUUGUUAACAUAUAUUUAAUUAAAUCAACUCUUGUUAUCAAUUAUGUUCAACUUCUGUCGCCACCGAAAGCUGUAAUCAGCUGUUGUAAGAAACUGUUGUCACCACCCGUUCUUGCCACCAACUGCUGUCAUCAACUGCUGUCAUCAACUGCUGUCAUCAACUGCUGUCAUCAACUGCUGUCAUCAGCUGCUGACAGUCGUAUCUGUCACAACUGCUAUAAUCAAGUGUUGUCAUCAAAUGCUGCCAUCAACAUUUGCAACAACUGUUUUAAAAUCAAAAUUGAAAUAAAGAAACCAAUCUAUAAAUGAGCCGAUACAGGAGGGGUCCAACUGUUAGAUAAAUGUAAACAGUUUUCUGCGCAGUUGUGACAGGAGGGGUCCAACUGUUAGAUAAAUGUAAACAGUUUUCUGCGCAGUUGUGACAGGAGGGGUCCAACUGUUAGAUAAAUGUAAACAGUUGUCUGCCCAGUUGUGUUCUUGUUUCAAAACCGGAAAGCUUGAUAAUAAUGACUUAAAACAAGAUGUAUCACUGGACAGUGUGUUAGCUGUUAACGCACAUUAGACCUCAGAGCUGGUCAACGCUGGUCGGGCUUAUUGGCUUAAAUUUGUCAGAGCAGAGGUCCACUGGUUCAUUCUAUCUCUCACGCCUGAUUAAUGCUAUUGCUGUUUGUGUGAGACAUGUCCAGUUUUUUUUUAAAUCUCAAACAAUAUUUUCUUUUGUUUAAGUAUUUGCAAUCGAUGUAUCUGUAUAUUGAAAUAUGAUUUUUGAAAAUAAAAUAUAAAUUAGAAU